AAGUGUCCCAUCUACAUGGAACCACAGAAUCUAACACGUGUCUCAGAAUUCCUCCUCCUGGGCCUGUCAGAUCAUCCAAAAAUGCAGACCCUCCUCUUUUGGCUGUUCCUGUCCAUGUACCUGGCCACUGUGCUCGGCAACUUACUCAUCAUCCUGACUGUCAGCUCUGACUCCCACCUUCACACCCCCAUGUACUUCUUCCUGUCCAAUCUGUCAUUGGCUGACAUCAGUUUCAGCACCACUACAGUCCCCAAGAUGCUGGCAAACCUCCAGACACACAGCAAAUCCAUCAGCUAUGUAGGCUGCCUAACUCAGGUAUCCUUUUUUUUCCUUUUUGGAUGUUUGGAUGAUUUACUCCUGGCUGUGAUGGCUUAUGACCGGUUGGUGGCCAUUUGUCACCCCCUUCACUACCCAGUCAUUAUGAACCUUCACCUCUGUGGUUUGUUGGUCCUGGUGUCAUUUUUAAUCAGCCUUUUGGACUCCCAGCUGCACUACUUGAUGAUGUCACAGCUUACCUUCUGCACAAAUGUGGAAAUUCCUCAUUUCUUUUGCAAUGUCCCUCAACUCCUCAAACUUGCCUGUUCUGAUACCUCCUCCAAUAACACAUUAAUCUAUUUUAUUGAUGCCAUCUUUGGUGGUGUUCCACUCACAGGGAUCCUUUACUCUUAUAUUCGAAUUAUUUCCUCCAUACUGAGCAUCUCAUCAUCAGGUGGGAAGUACAAAGCCUUCUCCACCUGUGGCUCUCACCUGUCAGUUGUUUGCUUAUUUUAUGGAACAGGCCUUGGAGUGCACCUCAGUUCCACUGUCUCAUCUUCUCUGAGGAAGGAAGCAGUGGCCUCGGUGAUGUAUACUGUGGUCACUCCCAUGCUGAACCCCUUCAUCUACAGCCUGAGGAAUACAGACAUCAAGAAUUCCUUGUGGAGGAUUGUCAGCAGAAUAGCCUAA